UGAACUCUCACUUGACGUCUAGUCUAUCUGUUGAGGUGCACGCGGAUUGACCACUCCUUUGGGCUUGUUUGGUGGAUAAUAGUGGGAAAAAAUAAUCCACAGACAUGACUGACGCGCAACAGGAGGCCCGCUCCUAUUUGAGCGAGGAGAUGCUUGCCGAGUUCAAAGCUGCCUUCGACAUGUUUGAUACCGAUGGUGGUGGUGACAUCAGCACCAAAGAGUUGGGUACCGUGAUGAGGAUGCUGGGACAGAAUCCAACCAGAGAGGAGUUAGCUGAAAUUAUUGAAGAGGUCGAUGAGGACGGCAGCGGUACUAUCGACUUUGAGGAGUUCUUGGUCAUGAUGGUGAGGCUAUUAAAGGAGGACCAGGCCGGCAAGAGCGAGGAAGAGCUGGCCGAGUGCUUCCGUGUGUUCGACAAGAAUGCUGACGGCUACAUUGACAGAGAUGAGUUUGCCGAGAUCAUCCGCAGUACCGGUGAAGCUAUCACAGAGGAUGAGAUCGAUGAGCUUCUGAAGGACGGCGACAAGAACGCAGACGGCAUGCUGGACUUUGACGAAUUCCUCAAGAUGAUGGAGAAUGUGCAGUAAAACAGAGACUCAUGGACAUUCCUGUCCCCUUUAACCCCCGUCAACUCAAACCCAUUCAUAAUCCUCCCUUUUGUCCGACAUACGGUCCGUUGUCUUUCCUCCACCAUCUUGACAAAGCUAUGCUGCUUCAACAGACAUACAGACAGGCAUUCUGGUGGGGUUUGCCAAGGUUCAGCACACAACUGUGAUUCUGAGGUUCGGUUGACCCACAUGUUCCUGCAAGACCAGAAGAGCCAAGCUGUGAUAUGUGGUUCCCAACACCAUCACAUGAUGAUGCUAAGUACAUCGAGAACACAUAUUGUGGUAGACCCCACAUUGCCGGGCGUUUUAGUCUAGAUUUAGACUAGAUCAGCAGCAUGUUAUCGCUGCUUAGACCAAGGCUAAAACCGUAAUCCAUCAUUGUAUUUAAGAACAAAUGCUUGAAAGAAUGGAAUAAAAAAUCAAAAAACAUGCUUGUGUUUAGUUGAUGUUUAGAUCUGUAAGCUAUUGUUCUGAGGACUCCAUCAAUAAAGUUUUUUUUCUUUUUUUCUC